GAAGUGAGAAAAAAAUAUGUGAGAACGGGUAUUCCCCUUAGGGUAUAGCAUGCUUUGCUUGGGAUCAUAAACCGGUAUUACGAAAUUUGUCACUUUAUGUACGACUACGAAGGUGUUUUGUCGUAGGUUGUGUAAAGCAUUGAACUAAUAAAUUAAUGGGUUAUGCGUGUGUUCGCUGCACGUGAUUUCCUCGUGUGUGGGUGGGGAGUGCGUUCCGUGCGUUCAUAGGAAUGCAUUGAAGGCAGCCUUGGCAACUGAAGGCGUAAAUCAGGCAUAAAUGGCAUUUACUAAAUGCUAGGUCCAGUACUAGUAAUCGGAGUUGAUGCUAAACUAUUCUCAUUUCCUGGGAGCUCUAAGGACAAAGCGAUAAUGAAGAGCAACCAAAGCAGGAAAAACUUACAUUUUAGUUUUGUAUGAGCUGCUAGUCAGCGUUUGUGAUUUUAUGUGGAAAUAACCUCGUAUUAAGCGUCAUUUUAAAAUACAUUAUACGAAAUUACAUUAUAUGGAGUUAAUACCAUUUAAUGUAUUGUUCCUACAUAAUAUAACAUAGCUCAUAACUCACUGUAUAAAUGUAGAAUGAAAUUAUAACUUUAACGGUACAGGUAAAUACAGGCAGUAGUAAAUACAAUUGAUUUUAUGUUAUACCAUUUAUGCAGUUUCCAGAUGAAAAGGAAAAUCAUGGAUCAUGUGUGUGAGUAAUUAUGAGUGAUUGCGUGUGUGGGUGAGUGAGUGCACUGUGCAUGUGUGUACAAUAUGCAAUAAUUUAUAGGAAAUUAUUAUUUUUAAAUUUGUAAUUCUUCUGAAAACGUAUUUUCUUCUAAAUAUUUUCAGGUUAUUUACGAUACAAAGCAGCCAGGUUAUGUGAAACUUAAGCUUAAUUUGGAGAACCCUGCACUAAAAAAAAAGAGGGAUGAAGUACCAACUUUUGAUAAACAAAUAAAGAAGUGGAUUGACAAAAAUGGCUUUUUGAUGAGAGAUAAAUUUAAAUCAUGGAUGCAAGGAAGAGUAUUCAAAGUUUUAAAAGCCAUAUCAGUUGAAGGCACUGAGGUUAAGCAAAGUUCUUCAGGUCCUGCCAUUACUUUAAAAAUUCAGCACCCACUAGAAGACUUAAAAUAUUCUUUGGACUUGGUUCCUUCAUUUUUAUUUACUGAAAAGGAUUGGCCAAAACCUCCAGUUCGUGGCUUGCCUUCUUCUGCAAAGAGAAAGGAUUGGUAUGUAGUUCCUAAGGAACCAACAUCAGAGGAAGCACCUGUUUUUUGGCGAAUGACAUUUUCUACACAAGAGAAGGAACUCAUAAACAAUCGAGGUUCAGUAAAGCAUGUAAUUAAACUCAUAAAGCUUUUGAGAGAUAAAGAAAAUUGGAUUAAUGAUUUAUACAGUUAUGCAAUUAAAACUGUAUUUCUGUGGGAAUGUGAAACAUUAGAUCCAGACUUUUGGAAACAAGGAAUAGGAUUCUUAUUUGUUUAUAAACUCAAUAUAAUUGGAAAGAUGAAGGACAGUACAAGGAAGAUUAUGAGAGAUCGCAUUUUAAUUAUAUUGAAAGGCCUGAAUUCGAGUUUAGAAAAUCCAUAUUCAGUCAAGAAAUACUUUGGUUGUGUUCCUGAAAAAAAUGUACAAAAUUCAAGUGAUGGCAAUUCUUGUUCAACUUUGAUUGAUCUUGAUGAUGUACCAGAUACUUCUACCCUUUCAAAUUCAUUUUCUGUAAGUUCUCCCCAGGACCUUUUAGAAAAUGAAAUAAAACCUGAGGAAGAAAAAGUAAAUGUAGAUGUACUUUGCACUGUUGAGUAUAAUCGGAUGUGUGACAAAGAUACAACAGUUGACAAAGAUUCUACAUCUGCAUUUGAACUUUUAAAAACAUUAAUUCUCAAGGAAAACCAAGAAAUGAAGGAAACUUUGCAAUCCAUUCUUUCACAGUUAAGUGAAUUAAAUAAAGAAGUUAAAAUAAUUCGAGAGGAAAAUGCACUUAUGAAGAAGCAACUUCAAUGCAGAGCAUCAAUUUCCACAUCUCCCUCAAAUGAGAUAGUAAAGAAUCCCUCUUUUAGAGAUCUAAGUAUUUCACAUUCACCCAACAGUCUAACGUGUUCUGACAGAUCCCUGCCAUCUGCAAUUCAACACGAUUCCAUGAGAGAUUCGAAUGACAAUUUAAAUCAAGUUCCAAAUUUUAGAACCGUUGAUCAUUUUUUACAUCUUUUACCUGAUAAUUUUGGCAAAUAGUAACAAACAAGUGAUAAAAUGAUAUCCACAUUUAUCUAUCUAUAUUGUUGCACGAUUGGUAUUGGUGUAGGUUUUGUCUGUGACAAAACCAUACAAUUACUGAAGACAUUUUUCUUUUUCAUGUUUUGAAAGUAAAUAUUAUAAUUCUGUAAAUUUGUUUCUCUUGAAAUUUUAUUCAAAUAAUCUAUUUUCGUGAAGUGAUUUUUCUUAGUAAUGUACAAUUUCCAACUCACAUUUUUAACACAGAAUAAUGGUUAAUGUUUUUCAUAAAGACUAAAAAACACCAGAAUCUCGCAGAUUAAACAUUUGUGUUGUCAACUAGCAAGUUUUGAGGUGAACAAUUGUGCAAAACAAUACUCAAUGUAACAAUUGAGAAUAUCUCUGUAUAUUUAGUUAAAAAUAUUGAUUUGAAUUUUCUGGCAUCCUCAGGAGAUUCAAACCAAUAUUUUUAACUUAAACUAAAGAGAUGUUUUCAAACAAAUGGCAUUGUUGUAAGUGAAAUGCAAUGUGGUAAUAAAGAUCAUUGCUGAUGUUCUGUUUCACAAUGUUUAUGAAGAAUGGAUGUUUGGCUUUUUAUUGCUUGUAAGGAUUAUUGUUACCACAAACCAGUCUUUGAGUUUAUGAAAGAAUGUAAAAACAUGGUGCCCCAAUCAAGUAGGCUUAAUCUGCGAAUAUAAGACGACGUCGAAAU